CGUCGGGCUAUGAGUUAAACCUACGUCUCUUAUAAGAAAAGAUCAACGCCGUCCGAUAAGAGGUAGCGUCUUCCUGAUCAUGGCCGAAAUCAAAUGUUCGACGAUACGUAAGGCUCUCUAUUAUCCUCUGUAAUGCCACCAUUCGAGUCUCCCUGCUGCAAGUGCUUAACUUUCAAUCUCCGGUAAAGCCUCAACCUUUUCAGGUUUGUUUGGGAUGUGCCCAGCUUUACUUCCUAAACAUGUAGCUGCUGUAGUGAAAUAUCAGAAGAACCCACUGAGGGCACUGGAAAUGUUCAAUUCAGUCAAAACUGAAGAAGGUUUCAGGCAUAAUUUGUUAACAUACAAAUGCAUGAUUGAGAAGCUUGGCUUUCACGGGGAGUUCGAGGCGAUGGAACGUGUUCUUGCAGAAAUGAGAGUGAAUAUAAAUAGUAGUUUGUUGGAAGGUGUUUAUAUAGGAGCAAUGAAGAAUUACGGUAGAAAAGGGAAGGUUCAAGAGGCAGUUGAUGUGUUUGAGAGGAUGGAUUUUUACAAAUGUGAGCCUUCUGUUCAAUCAUACAAUGCAAUUAUGAAUAUAUUGAUUGAAUUUGGGUAUUUUAAUCAAGCCCACAAAGUGUAUAUGAGAAUGAUAGAUAAGGGGAUUGGUCCUGAUGGGUACACAUUCGCGAUUAGGAUAAAAUCCUUUUGCAGGACAAGUAGGCCGCAUGCGGCUGUGAGGCUCCUCAAGAACAUGCCUUCCCACGGCAUUGAACUCAAUGCAGUUGCUUACUGCAUAAUAGUGGGCGGAUUAUAUGAAGAAAAUUUCCAAGCUGAAGCAUAUGAGUUGUUUGAUGAAAUGCUUAGCAUUGGAAUUUGUCCCGACAUUACCACAUUUAACAAGCUAAUACACACGCUUGGAAAGAAGGGGGGUGUCCAAGAAAGUGAAAGACUUCUAGACAAGGUUUUGAAAAGAGGAGUAUCUCCAAAUUUGUUUACUUUCAACAUUUUAAUUCAAGGCCUUUGUAGAAAGGGCCUGCUACGGGAGGCCGCCAACAUGGUUGAUGGUGUGAUGAGGGAAGGUUUAAGUGCUGAUGUUGUCACAUAUAACACACUUAUUUGUGGCUUGUCCAAGAACUUUAAGGUUGCAGAAGCUGAGAGCUAUUUGCAGAAAAUGGUGAACGAAGGUUUUCAGCCUGAUGCUUUCACUUAUAAUACCAUUAUUGAUGGAUACUGCAAAUUGGGUAUGGUACAAAAUGCAUACAAAAUUCUUAAUAGUGCAGCUUUCAAGGGAUUUGUGCCUGAUGGAUUUACAUACUGCUCCCUAAUUAAUGGGUUAUGCCAAGAUGGUGACAUUGACAGGGCAGUGAAUGUGUUUAAUGGGGCACUGAGUAAAGGAUUAAAGCCUAAUACUAUUAUCUACAACACAUUAAUUAAAGGGUUGUCCAAGCACGGACUAAUUUUACAAGCCUUGCAGCUGAUGAAUGAGAUGCCAGCAAAAGGUUGCAACCCUGAUAUAUGGACUUAUAAUUUAGUUGUAAAUGGGCUGUGCAAGAUGGGCUGUGUAUCUGAUGCCCAUAACAUCAUGAAUGAUGCUAUGGAGAAAGGUUUCAUUCCUGACAUUUUUACCUUCAACACACUGAUUGAUGGUUACUGUAAACAGUUGAAGAUGGACAGUGCACUUGAGAUAAUCGGCAGUAUGUGGGACCAUGGUGUUCUUCCCGAUGUAGUUACAUAUAACUCAGUCUUGAAUGGCAUCUGCAAAACUGCAAAAUCUGAUGAUGUUAUGGAAACUUUUGCAGCAAUGGUGGAGAAGGGCUGCGUUCCCAACAUUAUCACCUAUAAUAUACUCAUAGAGAGCCUGUGUAAAGCUCGGAAAUUAGUAGAAGCUAAGAGCUUGCUUGAGGAAAUGGAGAACAAGAAUCUCACUGUUGAUGUUGUAUGUUUUGGCACUCUAAUUAAUGGUUUCUGUGAGAAUGGGGAUGUGAACGGGGCCUAUCAGUUGUUUAGAAGGAUGAAACAACAAUAUAAGUCUUCUCAUACGACUGCAACAUACAAUAUUAUGAUCAAUGCAUUUUCUGAGAAGUUACGCAUGGAUGUGGCAGAAAAGCUAUUCUAUGAGAUGAUUGAAAACGGAAGCCCCCCGGAUCAUUACACUUACCGUGUCAUGAUUGAUGGUUUCUGCAAAACUGAUAAUGUUGAUUCUGGGUAUAAUUUUCUUCUCAAAAAGAUUGAGAAGGGGUUCAUUCCAUCAUUGACAACCUUCGGACAUGUAAUAAAUUGCCUGUGCGUGAAGCAUAGAAUAUAUGAGGCAGUUGGUAUAGUACACCUUAUGGUGCGUAAGGGUAUUGUCCCAGAUAUUGUGAACACAAUUUUUGAGGCUGAUAAGAAGGAGAUAGCAGCACCGAAGAUUGUUGUGGAAGACUUGUUGAAGAAGAGUCAUAUAACUUAUUAUGCAUAUGAACUUCUAUAUGAUGGCAUUAGGGAUAAGAAGUCACUAAAGAAAGCUUCCAAGAAGCUAUUCUUGUGAUCAUAGAAAGAGAUACUCUUUUAUGGUAUGGGUAACGAAAAUGGAUUUUUCACUUUCCAGGACUGAAAGUAACGGCAAGUGCAUGGAGUAUGAAGUUGUGGGAUAUUAAGCUCGAGUUGCAUCUAAUCCAACAUCGCCGUGUCAUGGAAAGCUCGGCAAAGCCAAAAGAGAUACUUCAACCAGCAGAACGGCUGCUGUUGCUGAGUGGCAUUCUAACAAGUGUUGACAUCUGCUGAAACUCAAACCAUAUUUUAAGUGGCAAAGAUAAAAGGGCUCAUUCAAGUCAUUCAAAGGAAUGCAGAUUGGCCAUAGUAUCAGGCAAGCCUGGGGAUUUGUCCAUUGGUUGCUGAAGAAAUUAACUACUCAUCCUGUCAGGAUUAUUGUUCUAAUUGAGCUAUAUGCAGAUCAAGAACAAACUGCUCAUGAAUAAAGACGAUAUAGCUAAACAUGCUUCUUAUUUACAGAAUCACGCAUCUGUUCUGCAGUUUGAUAGGAAAGCAUGUGAGAAUUUAGAGCAUCCCGCUUUGCUUUGCGAGGUUUGGAGAGAGCAUCGCGUUUGUAUGCAUUUGAAGCAAGUAGAUCAGUGGUCAUGUUAUGGUCUGUUUGCAGUUUUCUGGAAAGAUGAGACAAUGAGGCUGGUGCGGGUAGAUGAUGGAGCCCAAACAAUUCGGGAGUGGCUAUUUUGCAGUUUGGUAGGAAAGCACAUGAGAAUAAAGGUGCAUUUUUUAAGGGUUGGGGAUGGUCGUUUUGAUACGUAGUUCUACUCUAGCUUUAUAAAUCAGUUCUAUAUGCAAUUUUAUACGUAGAUUUGUAUGCAUUCUUUUUCAUUUUUUUCACAAACAAAAUUACAAUCACCCAGCCUCUUUUUCCCCUUUUCCUCAUUGUCAUUUUAUCAAGACGCAGAAUGCUUGCUUCUACAUAGUAAGGAGCUGAAGUGAAAAUCUG